AUGAAGUUGUUUACUAUUUUCUUUGUCCUAUUAUCAACUUAUUGUUAUUGCGAACCAUUACUUGGUGGUUGGAAAACAUCCGAUGAAGAAUCUGAUAAACAAGAAUGGUUAAAAAUAGCACUUGUGAACAUUCGUGGUAAUGAAGUUCUUGACCAAGUUCAAUCAGAUGUAUCUGAUCUUGUUUGCGAAACACAAAUUGUGAAUGGUCUUAAUAUUAAAUGUAGUUUUUCUUUAAGUGGAGAAAAAUAUCAAUGUUCAUAUUAUAAAUCAUUUAUUCAACCAUUUGAUACUCAAGUUGAAAAAUGUGACACAGUCAAAGAUCAACAGGCACAGGAGGAAAAUAAAAAUGAUCUGUCGUCGGAAGAACAUAACGAUGAAGAGGAUAUUGAAGAUCUUCCAAGAUCGAACAAUGAGGAAAAGCCAGCAACAUUGAACGACAAUGAAAACGAAGAAAAACCAUCAGCAUUAGUUGAUGAUGAAGAAGAUGAUGAAGCUAAAAUUGAUGCAGUGUAUAACAAAUUCUCUGAAAAUGAUGGAAUUAAUGAAGACGAGGAAGAUGAUGAAGAAUGA